AAGCAACACCCGUUCUUUGAGGGCCUGAACUGGGCUCUGAUACGGUGUGCAAUACCACCGGAGAUGCCCAAGUUUGAUGAAGUUGGGAUUGCCAACUCGACCUUGGCUUCACAGAAAAAGGACCAAAGCAAGGGUGGUCUGAAGGAUUUUCAUGAUACAGGGGAGGACUUGGAGUUCGACGUGUUUUAGCUAGAACUUGCCUAACAUGGGAAGUUGUCUGAUUUUCUCUUUCCUUUUUUUUCCUUUUUUUUUUUUGUUGGGCUUAAAUAGAAAAUUUUCAUUGUUGUUGUAACAGAUAUAUAGCUUAUAUAUAGUGUAAAUGUCACUUGGAAAAUUGGCGGCACAAUAGUUUGGCAGGAUAUGAAUACUAGAGUUGAAGCUGAGACCCUGGAUGGGAAAUUGGGGAAGGGAAGAGCAUUGUUCUUGUCUGAACAUUUUACUACACCCUGUUUAUCAUUUAGCAGGUUUAGAAACAGGGUGCUAAAAACUGAGAUUUGGCAAACAUUGCACUACAGGAUCAGACUCCAUGAAGACCCAUUCCAUAAAAACCUAGUAGGGUUUACAGCAUAGCGUUGGAGAAAGGCUAAAUCCUAAUCAUCCAACUAGAAGUUAAUUCACUUUUAUAAACCAAUGGGCAGCCACUAAUAGACAAUUUGAAAGGAAAUGCGAAGAAAAGAAGUGUUGGAAGGAGUGUGCAUGUCAUGAUGGAGGUCGAACUUGCAGGAAACAGAAAAGAUCAAAUGAACAGCGUGAAAUCAUUGAAGUGGGCCAUUAAAUAAAGUGUGUGCAAGGGCGCAAGCAGCUGUGCCCUCCUUCCCUCAUGGGAAACAGAUGGGACGAAUCAUUUCGCUCCAGCAUCCUAUGCUUCCCAUCCCCUCCCACAAAACAGUAAAAUCUGCUUUCCUCCCUCACUUUCCUUUUUAACGUUCUCAAUGUCCAUACUGUUCAAAAUUUGAACUGCAAAUUGCUUGCUGUUGGGCGAUCCAAUGAUGAUUCAUCUUUCUCCUUCAACUAUUACUUUUAGAAGGUUCUCGCUGGAUGGACCCACUACCAGAUUUUUUUUGUUCUUCGUUUUUUGUCUUUUUUAGGGACCCAUUGUCUUGACAUGAGUUGCCAUAAAAGAUUUUUACCCAAAAGAGGGUUAAAAAGAGAAGCACUCUUUCCCCCACUCCCAGCUGAAUUCAACAAUCAACAUCCAGUCAAACCAGGCUUGAUCUGGAGAUUGGGUGGGCCAGUGUAUUCUCCGUAUCCAGUCCAGCCCAACCCACUAAACAAUUGGGCUGGGCAGAUGAAACUUUGACUUGGGCCCUUUACCCCGGCCCACUCUCCCCCAAGGCCAUUAAACAGCUAGGCAAUCCUUUCGUGCGCAAAGCUCACGCUCCACAUUUUCAGUGUUUCCGAGACGACUCACACUUGAUGGGGGCGUUGUACAAUACAGCAGCGGCAACUCCAGCUGCUCCUUAUUUACAAUUUUGCCCUCAAUUUUCCCAUCUUCACUCUCUAAAACCCCCCUUUCUCCUCCAAAAACCAUACCCAUUUCUCCCGAGGUCGAUCCCUUCCCCCAAACUUCAUUACGGAACCUCUCUCUCUUCUUCCACUGGAGCUGCAAUUAUUGCGUCAAUGGCUUCCGCUCCAUCCGCAGAAACAGAGACCAAACCCUUCUCGGUGCUCUUCGUGUGCCUGGGUAACAUCUGCAGAAGCCCGGCCGCAGAGGGUGUCUUCAGAGACAUUGUGAAGAAAAGAGGCUUGGAUUCCAAGUUCGAGAUUGAUUCUGCUGGCACCAUUGGUUACCAUGAGGGUAAUUUAGCUGACCCCAGAAUGAGAUCUGCCUCGAAAAAGCGUGGGAUUGAGAUAACUUCCAUUUCUAGGCGAAUUCAACCAUCUGAUUUUAGAGAUUUUGAUCUCAUUCUUGCAAUGGACAAACAGAAUAAAGUUGAUAUAAUGGAGGCAUAUAAUAGGUGGAGAUUCAGGGAGACCUUCCCUGCUGAUGCACACAAAAAGGUUAGGCUAAUGUGUUCUUAUUGUAAGAAACAUGAUGAAACUGAAGUCCCGGAUCCUUACUAUGGUGGACCACAAGGUUUUGAAAAGGUUUUAGAUUUACUUGAAGAUGCUUGUGAAUCACUGUUGGACAGCAUUUUGGCAGAGAACAGUCACAUUUUCAGUUCAUAACUUACGGUUGAGCCAAUCUGAUCCAGCUCGAGACCUGGAAUAAUGGAGAGAAUAUUUUUCAUGGCAAAUUUAAAUGAUGUAAAUUAAUCAUGUGUUGCACUUCUGUAAUAAUUUAAUGUGCUGCAACCUCACAUUCUUGCUCUGCAUUCUGCUGGCUUAUUUCUCAUUUGGUUGAUAUGAGAUUGGAAUUUGGAUGUAAAUAUACAUUUGGAUCAAGUGUCCUUAAUUUUCAAGAGAUGAAUUAAAGUGGCUUAUUUGCAUGAGGAA